AUGGGAAGAAACGACGGUUGGCAUUUAUAUUAUGAUUUUGACGCGCAUGAAAUUCGCACGUGGCAUCAGAAAAAAACUGAUGAUCUACAGGAGAAAAUUUCGCGACUCGAGAAAUGUGCAUCUACAAAAUUUAUAAAGACACCUCAUGCACAUUUCUUGCUUAUCACCCAAAACUUUUGGUUACACCAAAGGUCUUGUAAUGAUAAUGCAUUGGGUGAGACCGCGAAUUCUCUAUCAAGGAACACUCCUGUUAUUCUAUCUUUUGCCAACAUAUGGCGAACAGGUUCUUGUAAUUCUAAUGCAACCGAUAUCUUUUUAUAUAUGCUCGAUUAUAAACGCAGAAAAGUUUCUUAUGGAAACUUUUCUCAACACCCAUAUCCUAACAACACGUGUGCUGCUGCAACUUUUGAACGUAUUCUCGUACCAUGGCAAAGAGGUAACCGAAGAAAAAAUAACUUCAAGAGAACCGGCAGAACGUCUAAAGCUCAAUUUUUAUGGAUCGAUUUAAACUUUUAUAGACUAUCGUUGUCACGAAGGCAGCUAAAAAGUCGUUUGACAAUUUGUAGUAGUCAUUUAUUAUCAACGGAUCUUUCCGGGGCGAAUUAUAAGAAACCUUUUUCGAUUAUGAAUCUGCCAAUAUAUAAUUUGGCAUGCUUUUCUUCAAAGUCAUCAAGAAAUAGCAAGACUAAUGAACCGUUAUUCCAGCAGGAUAAAAUGGAAGGAAGUAAUCAAAUCACCAAAAAGUUAUCGCUCGAGGAAACUCUAAAUCGUCAACUUCAAAAUAACGAUGCAAAUAUCGGAGAGAUAUGGACGACUUAUCUGCAAAUAGUGACAAGUAAAAGACUAUUAAACUUGAAUAGAGAACAGAUUCAUGCGUUAAUGCAUCACAUACUAAGAAAGGAAUCUAAUGCAGAGGCCAUUCAAAAACUAUCAAUCAUGUUCGAUCAUAUGAGAUUACAUGGAUACGACAUACUACAGGAUGAACACACGUUUUUAAUAGAAGCAUAUUUAGGCAGUGGAGAUUUGGAAGAUGCGCGUGCGAUAUUCGACCAAAUUUAUAGAAUGAAUCCAUCCUGUAAUGCGGCAAAUUUUAUGAUCGAGGCAUAUGGAAAAGAAAAUAAUCUUGAUCAAGUGGAAGACAUCCUUAAAAUGAUGAAAAAAAAAGAAAUUACUGGUGAUUCGACUACAAAAAAGACAUUGGUACAAAUUUUCACGAAAAAUGCGAAUAGUGGUUCCGUAAUAUGGUUUAAUCAAUUAGUGAAGCGACAGCUUGUUAAUGCAGAUUUAGCAAGAGAAUUCUUAAUAGAAUGUACUAAAAAUGGACUAGUAAAUGAAGCGCUCGAACUAUACUUUAACAUGAAAACAUUAAAGAUACAAAUAGAACUUGAUGAUUAUUUAAUGAUUAUUAAUGGACUGAAAGAUAAAAAUCAAACAAAAGAAGCAUUGGAUAUGAUCGAUGAAUUGAUUUCUUCGAAAUUGGCUUUGAAUGAGGAAGCUUGCAAAAUUAUUUGUGAUUUGCACUUGUCGACUUUAAGUCUGGAUAAAAACUAUGAAUUCCUGGUUCGAAUGUUGAAGAGAGGAUAUAAGAUAGAUAUUCAACUUUUCAAUAAAUUGAUUGAUAGGUACUCGACGCUCGGAAAAGUAAAUUCAACACUUUCAUUAAUCACUAGGAUGAAAGAAAGCGGGAUUGAACCUGACUAUGAUACAUAUACAUCAAUGCUCAGAUUAUUCACCAAUGUCAAUGAUACAGAUGCAAUGGAAAAAGUGUUUAAUCGAAUGGUCAAAGGAGGAUUCGAUCCUAACGUUGCUGUCUAUAAUUUACUCACUAUAGGAUACUCUCGAACAUACAAUGUGUCAAAAGCCUUUGAAGUUUGUCGGACAAUGUUGAACGCUGGAAUUGAGCCAAAUGAAUUCACUUAUAACGGAUUAAUAUCACUUUUUGCUGAGAGAUCUGAUCCUAUUGGAGCGACUUUGUUAUUUAAUGAAAUGAAAGCAUUUGAUAUUCGGUCAAAUGUAUACACGUAUACUUCUUUGAUUAAAGCUUAUGCGUGGACGAAGGAUAUCAAUGGGGCAGAGAAAAUCAUGCGAGAUAUGAGAAUUUCUGGGAUAGAACCAAAUGAAGUGACCUAUAAUAUCAUGAUGAAUGCUUAUUCAAAAAGCAAUGAUUUCGGCUCUGUUCAAUCGAUGUUUCAAGAAAUGCUUCGACUGAAUUUAAAACCAAAUUCUCAUACCUAUAGUUGUCUAAUGGAGGGAUUUUGUAGAGUUGGAAAUCUGAAAGCUGCAGAAUCACUGUUGGCAAGGAUGAAAGAGUCAAGUACUGUAAAGCCAGAGGUUCAUCUUUACACCAUAUUAAUUAACGCGUAUGCCAAACAGAGAAAUUUGACUCGAGUAUUUAAGAUUUACGAGGAAAUGAUUAAACAAAAAAUUGAGCCUACGCACUUUACUUACGCUAUACUAAUUAACGGAAAUGCACGAAUUGGUAAAAUUGAUUUUGCUCGAAAGCUUUUAUCAGAGCUUAUUGAACAGUCGAAAAGAAUUGCAAAGUUCGAGGAAAUUCAGUGGAGAAAUCAAUUACCUGCACAUGUAUUUACACCCUUAAUGGACGCUUAUGCAAAACAAGGACAAUUUGAAGAGGCUAAAAAAGUAUUUGCUGAAAUGAUUGCUCAGGGAAUUCGGCCUCAAGGACAUGCGUACACAAUUUUAAUGGAUGCAUGUCGUACUAUUGGCGAUUAUGAAGGUGUUUGGAAUAUAUGGCAAGCUAUGCGUAAAGAUCUGGAAUCUGAAUCUGAAAAACAUGCAUUAUCAUCAGAUUUUAAAUCUAAACUUAUAUCAUUAGAUUCAUCAAAUGAAAGACUUAUAAAAGGAUCUUCGGUAUUAGAAUCUAUACCGAAAUCAAAUCCUAUAACACCACCACCUCACGCAAUAUCAAUCUUAUUUGAUGCGUUAAUGUCAUCAAAGAGGUAUGACCUUGUCGAGAAGGAAUGGCAAAAACUCCAAUCUGAAGGCUUUCCAUUUGACUCUGACAACUUAAAUAAAUAUGUAUGUAUGUUAAUACUUUCACGAAAAAUUAUACAAGCUUGUAAUAUAAUAAAAGAUCGAUUAAUACAAGGAUGGGACCCAAAAUUUGCGUUUUGGCGCCUGGAAUAUGAGAAACCAUUAGAAGAACUUAGAUCUCGAAAAAAUGAGGCAUUAGCACGAAACAAAGUCAAGCCAUUCUACCCAAAGAAAAAAACACUUCUUUUGUUAUGGCGAGUGUUCGAAGAUAUGAAAUCCGGAAAAUCGAUAAUAAUUAAUGAUAUACUUGAAGAAGUGGUUACUUCUGCUUCUAGUAAUAAUACUGAUAAAACUAUCGUGAAAAUUCAAACAAUGGAUGACAUUUUACGGACUUAUCCAGAAUUAGUAUUUGCUGCACAAAGAAUUGCUAAAGUAGAAGAAAUUCAAUUACGGAGUCACCAAUACAGAAGUCUAUUGUAUAAUUAA